AUGUCUGAGAAAGCACCGACGGUUGCUGUCCUUGGCUUAGGGGCGCUCGGCCUUGUGUCGACAAAGAAUAUGCUGGAAGAAGGGUUUAAUAUAACUGGAUUUGACCGAAAUUCAUAUGUCGGUGGCCUCUGGCAAUAUAAUGAGGGAAACGAUAAUAUCUCCGUAUUACCAAGUCAGUUUCUACCUUUAUCUAUGCUGAGCGAACUGUCAGGACUGAUCUGGACUUUAUCGAUUAGGCACUGUGACGAAUGGAUCCAAGCAUCGUGUGGGUUGUCUGCCGGGUGUCUCGAAACCCUGGUCAAGCUAGAAAAAUGGUUUACUGAUCAGACGUGUGAUAUUAGGGAUCAUUCACUGAUUUCCCUUUCCCCGAUGUGGGUAGAUACUCCGGAUUUCCCAACUGCUAACCAUAUGGCCAAGUACCUGGUUUCCUACGCUGAACAUUUCCGUCUAAUGCCACACGUUUGUCUAAAUACAACUAUCCACCGUGUGGAAUGGAGUGAGACUAAGCGUAAGUGGGAAAUUGAAGUCUCCUCUACUGGGAAUGAGGACCAACGGACGGUGCGGGAGUUCGACAAAGUCAUCCAUGCUCUGGGCCCUGACCAGGUCCCUAACAUUCCUCAGGUUCCAGGGAUCGAGAAAUUUGCAGGAACUGUGAUCCACUCCGUCAGCUUCAAAAAACCUGAUUUCUGGGCUGGCAAACGAGUUUUGGUCGUUGGAUUCGGAAACACUUCUGCCGAUAUUUCAGGCCUUUUGGCGGAUAUUGCUGAAAAGGUGUAUGUAUCGCACCGCCACGGUGCCAUAGUGCUACCGCGAUGGGUUGAUGGUAAGCCAGUUGACCAUGUCCGCACCUAUCGCAAAGGCUGGAUGCUGGGUAUGAUGUCCCGAUACACCCCCGCUCUGUGGAAAAAGUUGAUGGACGGUGUCAUCCUCGCCUUACGCAAUCGCCUCUAUGAUCUGAAGCCUGAAUGGAGGUUGGAUCCAGCUCCGUCAUUCAGCCAGCAACGGCCGAUCGUCAGUGACAACCUGAUUGACAACCUAUCCAGCGGCCGAGUCAUCUCCCUGCCUCCGAUCCGUCGGGUUUGUGACGGCACGGCAGUUGAGAUGACCGAUGGCACGAUUGUGCAAGUGGACUCCAUCAUUUGGUGCACUGGGUAUACAGUCGACUACUCGCUGCUUGGGAAGAGUGAUCCGACUAUCUAUGACCCCAAAGACAGCUGUGAGGUGGCUAAUGGCCGGAAGAUGCCACGUCUUUACCAGAACGUUAUAUCGCUUCAGCAUCCGGACUCGCUCGCUUUUAUGGGCAAUCUGUCAUUCAUGAACCCUGCGUUUCUCAUGUUCGACCUGGCCAGCAUGGCUGUUGCGCAGAUCUGGAAAGGGACUUCUCGGCUUCCUUCGAAGGCAGAGAUGAACCGGCAGGUAGACGAACAAUUUAGGUGGAUUGCCAACCUAUCGAACAACGAGUGA